AUGUCAACAGAAGAUCGCUUGUUUGUGGUCGCCAUUGACUUUGGGACCACCUACUCGGGCUAUGCCAUCUUAUCUAGAGGACACUUCAUUGAAGACCCACUUGAAAAAAUCAUCACUAAAGUGUGGCAAGCAGGAGAUCUAUUGUCCGACAAAACACCCACUACUCUUUUGUUGAAGCAUGUUGAACCAGACAGCCGCCAAGAGUUUGUAGCGCUUGGAUAUGAAGCAGAAGACAUUUACAGUCGUCUGCCCGAAGAAGAAAAAGAUGGCUACUACUUUUUCAGACGAUUUAAAAUGGCUCUAUACGAUGAAGAUAGAAAAGUGGCUCUUACCAGAAAUACCAAGAUAAAAGAUAUCAGGAACAAGGAGUUGCUUGCCUUGCAUGUUUUCUCCCAUUCCAUCGAGUUCCUUAAGAAGGACUGUUUUGAAAAUCUAAAGAUCAAGGGUUUACAAGAUGAAGUAAACUUUGAAAAGGAAAUCUUGUGGGUUUUGACCGUUCCCGCCAUCUGGGAUGAUGCCGCUAAACAGUUCAUGAGAACAGCAGCUACUGAGGCUGGGUUACCUAAUGAUAGACUCAUGAUCUGUCUUGAGCCGGAAGCAGCGUCCGUUUACUGCAAGUACCUUCCUCUAGAAAGACUAGAGCAAGACGCAUCCUUACAUGCACUACGACCAGGCACGAGAUUUGUGGUGGUAGAUGCCGGGGGAGGAACCAUAGAUAUGGCUGUUCAGGAAGUAACAGAUGACAAUAAACUACAAGAGAUCGACCAUGUCCAAGGCGGUAAUUGGGGCGGAAUUUAUGUCGAUGAAGAGUUCGAGAAGGUGAUCGAAGACAUUGUAAGUCAACCAAUCUUGGAGGCCUAUCGCCUGAACCACACUAGUGAUUACAUAGAACUUUUAAGAUUUUUUGAAAAAAAGAAAAGACAAUCCCAAACUAGUACAGUGCGUCUGUGUGUGCCGGCAUCAUUAUUAUCAUUUGUACAGGAAAAUUUGAACAAAACUAUCAGCAAAACUACCGAGGAGUCUAAAAAUAACAAAGAUAUUAAAUGGAGACGGGAAAAAAUGCAAAUGCCUCCAUCAAUUUACCAGAACUUGUUUGAUAGUGUUACUAUACAAAUAGCAGAACAAGUAGAAAGAAUCCUUAAUUCGGAAUGUAAUAGGGGUACCAAUCUUAUUUUAAUGGUCGGUGGCUUUUCUGAAUGCGAGUUGUUACAAAAGAGGAUAAAGGAAAGUUUUCCAAGAUGCAAGGUUGUGACUCCACCCGAAGCAGGUUUAUCUGUUCUCAAAGGGGCUGUUUUAUAUGGACAUGAUCCCAGCAUUAUCAAAGCCAGGGCUGCAAAAUACACGUAUGGAGUAGCUGUCAAGACGCCCUUCGAUGCCAAAAUUCACCCUCAAUCCAAGAAAGAAGUUGUUCGUGGGAAACCAUACUGUAAAAAUGUCUUUGACUUGCACGUUAAAAGAGGUGACAUUAUAAGAAUUGACCAAGACCCCGUUAAGAAGUCGUACGUUCCUCUUUAUCCUGAACAAUCUUCUGCGGGCAUUAAGGUAUUUGCCUCAAAAGGAAGUGUUCCGAAGUAUACAGAUGGCUGCCAAUGUCUUGGUGUACUGACUGUAGAAAUGCCAAACAUAGAGAAAGGACUAGAUCGAAAAGUCAGCGCCCUGCUAAGAUUUGGAGGUACAGAAUUAACCGUGGAAGGUAUCGAUGAAACAUCCGGAGAAAAAGUGGAGACACAGUUAGACUUCCUUGCUGGGGGGCCAUAAAAAUUAUACACAUGAUCUAAAAAAUGUUUUAUCGAUAAUGGAGUAUUUUAUUUUUCCUUUUAAUCAAGAUUUUGGCCAUAUUGUCAAAUGAUUUCUUUUAAUUUAGUAGAAGAAAAUAUAUAUGCAGUUUUUUCUUGUGUUGAUUAUUGUUCCAGUUGCCAAGUAUAAUUUUUUGGGUCUGUAGAACCUUAUUCAAGUUAGCUUUUGCUAUCAUUGCAAAACAUCAUAAAUCACCUCUAAUUUCAUAUCUUGUAAAUAAGCAUUGGUAUCAAAGGCUCGAUGCAAUAAAAUCUUACUUCUCUAAAACUAUA